CUCUUGGUGAUUAGUCUGGUCUGCUUUGUUUGUGGUUGCGCUUGCUCAGCCAGCCGAUGUGUUGUGCGUUUAUACAGAGGUGGUUUUAAAACAAACUGAUAUUUAUAUUUUAUAAUUAGAGUGAAAUAUUGGUUAAAAAAUUGAAAUGGGCAAGAAAGAGGAAGAAGAAAUUAUUCGGAUCGCGAAGAAAAUGGAUAAAAUGGCGCAGAAAAAAAAUGGGUCGGGCGCACUGGACCUGUUGAAAGAGCUGAAGAACAUUCCCAUGACGCUGGAAUUGCUACAGUCUACCAGAAUUGGGAUGUCAGUGAAUGCCAUUCGCAAGCAGAGUACGGACGAGGAGGUGACAUCCCUAGCAAAGUCUCUCAUAAAAUCGUGGAAAAAGCUCCUGGAUGAGCCUGGAGGUGGAGACAAAGCCUUAGAGGAGAAGAAAAAAGAACCCACAACUCCAACCGUCUCCUCUUCACAAAACAGCCCUGAGCCACGCGAGGAGAGCAGCUCCAGUAGCAACUCAAGCAGCAAGAGUGAAAGCAGUGACAUCACGGCCAACACGCUGAUCACCACCUUCCCACGAGCGCCCAACACAUCAGACUCUGUCAGGAACAAAUGCAGGGAGAUGCUCUCCAGUGCCUUGCAAGCAGGGAAUGACUACAUUGCUAUUGGUGCUGACUGUGAUGAACUUGGGGCUCAAAUUGAGGAAUGCGUCUUCCAGGAGUUCAAAAACACUGACAUGAAGUACAAAAACAGAGUCCGCAGCCGGAUUGCCAACUUGAAAGACCUAAAGAACCCCAGCCUCAGGAGGAACGUGCUGUGUGGCAACGUGCCCCCUGACAGAAUGGCCAGGAUGACGGCAGAGGAAAUGGCCAGCGACGAGCUCAAGGAGAUGCGCAAAAACCUGACCAAAGAGGCCAUUCGCGAGCACCAGAUGGCCCGAACAGGGGGCACAGAGACUGACCUGUUCACAUGUGGGAAAUGCAAAAAGAAGAACUGUACAUACACCCAGGUUCAGACUCGAAGCGCUGAUGAACCAAUGACCACAUUUGUCCUCUGUAAUGAAUGCGGAAACCGAUGGAAGUUUUGCUAGUUGGAGGAAGAAUCAUUGAUGCAGAAUGCAGCAAGGAAGACUGCUGGACCAGGAUUUCAUUUUGUACCUGUAUUUGAAAAGGAAACUGUUUGGACCUUCACAUGUAGUGAAACCUGCCACACAGAUAGCCACAAAUGAAAACACCACUGUUUUUAUUGGAUCCAUAUUACUCGAUGAAUAAAUUCCUGUAUUUUAACUAUUCAUUAGGUACAGCUGUCAAACUACGAUUGAUGUUAAUGUGUUUUAUUUUCUUUUGUCAUUUUUUUAUAUGUAGUUUGACAUUAAACUUUGAUCAGUAA